GGCGGCGCGGGCAGCGGCGGGCGCGGAGCUCGGAGGCUCCUAGGGCCUGUCCGGGCUGCGGGAGGCCAUGAACGGCGGAGACCGGACCGAGAGCGACUGGCAGGGGCUGGUGAGCGAGUACCUGGUAUGUAAAAGGAAGCUGGAGAGUAAAAAAGAAGCCCUGCUGAUCCUGUCCAAGGAGCUGGACACAUGCCAGCAGGAAAGGGACCAGUACAAACUCAUGGCCAAUCAGUUGAGAGAGCGCCACCAGUCCCUAAAGAAGAAAUACCGAGAGCUGAUUGAUGGAGAUCCAUCACUUCCACCUGAAAAGAGGAAACAGGCUAAUCUUGCGCAACUACUGAGAGAUUCUCAGGACCGAAAUAAGCAUUUGGGAGAAGAAAUUAAAGAGCUUCAGCAAAGGCUUGGAGAAGUCCUGGGUGACAAUAAGCUUUUGAGGAUGACAAUUGCCAAACAGAGGCUUGGAGAUGAAGAUAUUGGAGUGCGGCACUUUGCUGCUCAUGAACGUGAAGACCUGGUUCAGCAGCUGGAGAGAGCGAAGGAACAGAUCGAGACCCUGGAGCAUGACCUGCAGGCUUCUGUGGAUGAGUUGCAGGAUGUGAAAGAAGAGCGAUCUUCUUACCAGGACAAGGUGGACAGGCUAAAUCAGGAGCUCAACCACAUCCUGGGUGGGCAUGAGAACCGAAUCAUCGACGUUGAUGCCCUGUGCAUGGAGAACAGGUACCUUCAAGAGCGAUUAAAGCAACUUCAUGAGGAGGUCAACCUCUUGAAAUCUAACAUUGCCAAAUACAAGAAUGCUCUUGAGAGACGGAAAAACUCCAAAGGCCAAAGUAAAUCCAACAGCAGUGCACUGACUGGAGUCCUGUCAGCUAAGCAAGUCCAAGACCUGUUAUCAGAGGAUCAUGGCUGCAGCCUCCCAGCGACACCACAAUCCAUCUCAGACCUGAAAUCUCUGGCAACAGCCCUUUUGGAGACUAUUCAUGAGAAAAACAUGGUCAUCCAGCAUCAGAGGCAGACCAACAAGAUACUAGGGAAUCGGGUGGCUGAGUUGGAGAAAAAAUUAAGAACAUUGGAAGUUUCUGGUUUGUGGAGUCUUCCAGGCCUGAGCUACAAUGUUUCCGUAGGAUUUGGGAGAGGCAAAGAUACCAUCCUGUUCAGUGACCCCACUCUUCCCACUCUACAAAGAUCCAGAUCCCCACUCCUGAAGUUUGCUGAGCUGUCCACUGAAAAGAAAGCAAAUCUCAAGGAUGGGGAGCUUCCCAACCAAGAAGGAGAUGAAGGCCUAGCAGUCUCCGAGGCAUUGGCAGUGCUGGAGGAUGCUGAGAGGUCGGCUGGACUCUCCCCAAGAGAUCUGAACCCUGGGACCCAAGGACAGCUACCUUCUGAGACAGAAGCAGCAAGAAGGCCCACUGGGGAAGUUGUGAAAUUGGCUGAGGACCAGGCAAGGGCAGAUUCAGAAGAUGUGAGAAGCGAGAAUCCCAUAGAGGGUCUGGGGACCGAGAUGGAAUCACCACCCCCAGGUCCGGUGCCCAAAGGGGAGCUUCCUGAAUCUGGAUAAGGUAUCUUGGAGUUCAGCCAAUCCGCAUUGGAAGCUUUACCCCUCCCCACGUGGGGAGAUGGGAAGGAGACUCCAGAAGAUGGAGGGGCUCUUCGAGCACUUAAUGGGGAGGAAGAAGUGGCCAAAACUCCAAAGAAUUCGACUCUAAACAGCUCACCAACAUCGCCUUCUCCUCCCACACCUCCUCCCACAAUCAGCAAGUAAGAAAUACAUGCAUCGUAUUGCAGACUGUGACUAUUGUGACCAUGCCAGCAUUGCCUAGCUGAGGAAACCAGGGUCCCGGGGCUUCUCCAUGUCAUCUUGUUCUGCAGAAGACUAGUCUGUGUACAGGAUCAGGCAUGGAAUUUUUGGCACCAGAUGGCUGAGUUUUGGCAUCAGCUUCUCUGACAGCAUUUGUUUUAUUCCUGAUCAGAUGUUUUUUAGAGGUACUGAAUGUUAGUGAUGAAAAUUACGAGACAAGCUCAAAAUGGGGGAUGAGGGAAUCUUAAGACCUAUCCUUGCUUUGUCAUAGUUUGUCAGCCAGUGUGCAAGGUGUCAUGAAACAAAAAGGAUCUCAGGGUCCCACCGCUUACCGUCAUUAUAUCAGAGCCCCCAGAACUGUUCAGUGGGAAGUGACUGGCACAGCAGAGACCGGCAAGCUGAGAGUGGCUGAGCCAAUUUAUAAGGUGGGGUUCAGGCUCAGUCCACAGCCCCUCAA